UUCAAUGCAACAAAGUAUUGUAAUUUACAAGACACAGCUAGUGGAUUAAACUACCUUCACAGUCUGGACCCUCAGUUCAUUCACGGACACCUUACAGCAGAGAAUAUCCUACUAGAUGCUAGGUUGAGAGCCAAGAUUGGAGUCUUUGCUAUUGAGUCCAACUUACAUCACCUAAAUCCAGAGUACAUGCCCCUCGAAGCUGAGGAAGGUAGUGAUCCAAGUCUGGAUAUUUUCUCGUUUGGGCAUUUAGCUCUUGUCACUAUUCUUCAAGAAAAAGUAGACUACUUCCUUUGCACUCUGUGAAUGAAGCUGGCAAGCGCAGUAGGCAACAGGAGGUUGACAGACGAGCUAGAUUCAUGCAGAAAGCCAGAAAGUUGCUAGCAACGGAAAAUGAUGAAAUAUUUGUUACCAUCAAACAGUGCCUCCGAAAUAACCCAGCAGAGAGACCUAACAUAAUGCAUGUUCUGGAAACACUGCAUAGAGCAAAUAAAGAUGCCGUUACUUCUAAACCAUAGAUCGUUUUGAGGAUGUGAGCACUGAACAAGCUGAAUCUGUUGUUAAAGAAAUGUUACAGAAGGAAGGAAAAUUUAAGCAAAAAAAUUUGGUUGUGGUCCUGACAGGUUUA